GAAAGUAGAUCAUGUGAGAGAGAGAGCCCAUAAUUUUGUUGGACAGAAAUGAAGCCCUUUAAAAUUUUCAUCGUGUCCAUUCAUUUCUAUGUAGUGAUUUCGAUAAAAUAUGAACCAAACUGGAAAUCAAUAGACUCUAGACCAUUACCAGACUGGUAUGACAAAUCAAAAAUUGGAAUCUUUCUUCACUGGGGCGUUUUCUCUGUACCUGCGUUUGAAAACGCUUGGUUUUGGUAUGAAUGGAAAACAGCCAAAGAUCCAGCUGUAUUGAAAUUUAUGAAAGACAACUACCCUCCUGAUUUCACAUAUGCGGAUUUUGCACCGGAAUUCCAUGCCACAUUUUAUGAUCCUGACAUCUGGGCUGAUGUCUUCCAGGCGUCGGGUGCGAAAUAUGUUGUACUGGUGACGAAGCAUCAUGAAGGUUUCACGCUAUGGCCAUCUUCUGUCUCAUGGAAUUGGAAUGCAUAUGAUGUGGGGCCACACAGGGACCUUGUUGGUGCCUUAGCAGACUCUAUAAGGAACAGAACAGACAUUCACUUUGGAGUUUACCAUUCUCUUUUUGAGUUCUAUAAUCCUUUGUAUCUUCAGGAUGUGGCCAACAAAUACAAAACACAGAACUAUGUCAGGACUAAGGCCUUACCUGAGCUGUACGAACUUGUGAACAGGUAUAAGCCUGAGGUAGUCUGGUCAGAUGGAGACUGGAAUGAAAACAGUACGUACUGGAAUGCUACAGAGUUCCUGGCCUGGCUGUACAAUGAAAGCCCUGUAAAGGACUCAGUGGUGGUAAAUGACAGAUGGGGAAAGGAUGCUCGGUGUCACCACGGAGGAUUCUGGAACUGUAACGACAGAUACAAGCCAGGGAAAAUCAUUAAACACAAAUGGGAGAAUUGUAUGACUGUUGACAAAAGAGCAUGGACUCACAGAAGGAAACUGGAUAUACAGGAUGUAAUGACAAUAGAAGAAUUACUGGCAGAAAUUGCAGAAACUGUUAGUAAGGGUGGAAAUAUCCUGAUCAAUGUUGGACCCACAGCUGAUGGAGUUAUCAUUCCUGUCUUUGAGGAGAGACUUCGACAAAUGGGUCAGUGGCUCAAGGUCAAUGGGGAGGCCAUUUAUGAAACCCAGCCCUGGUUCGAACACAGUGAUAAUGUAACUAUUCAGGGAGUUUGGUACACUAGAAGGAAACAAGAGAAUGCAGUCUAUGCUAUCAUAACUUUCUGGCCAGAAAAUAACCAUCUCUAUCUGGGAAGACCUCGUGCCACAGCGAACACAAAAAUCACUAUGAUUGGUGUGGAAAAGCCAUUGAAAUGGUCAUAUGAGUCCUAUACAUUCAAUGUUCUGGAUAUUCAACUUCCAAUUUUGCCUGUAAACAAGAUGCCUUGCCAAUGGGCUUGGGUCAUCAAAAUGGAAAAUCUUGUAAACCUUUGAUAUUAUAGGAGAUUUUUUUUCAGAGAUAUUUGGAAAUGAGAUUAUAUAUCUACUGAAUGUCAGUAGAAUUUAAUUAGGUUUAUAUUUUCAUAUUUAUAUACAUAUAG